UACACAUUACAGCAUUAUUUUUUAUUAACUAAAAUUUUCUUUUUGAUGCCACGCAAGUAGAUAAUAGUAAGUCUAAAGCAGCAUGCACUGGAUAAUGUGUGUUUGAGUAUUAAAAACUAUAAUAUUCCUAUUAGGGAUGCACAUCAUACUGUACUUUUAAUGGAGUAAUGUUUGCUGUUCUAUACAGCCACAAGAUGGCAGCAAAACCACAGCCCAUGCAAUGAUCAAUACUAAUAUUUACAAUUUACUGUAUUUCAAGUUUGCAUCUGAUGGGUUUGACUUAAGCUACAAUUAUCUCUUUUUCAAUUACGAUUUGCACUGAUUCAAAAUCAUGAAUCUUUCACAAUUAUCAUGAAACACAUUUAUGAUUUCUCUUAAACUUUGGAAUCCAGUGUAAAGACACAUUUUAAUCCUUUUUAUUCUUCAUACUUUUAAUUGCUUUUAGUUACUUAAGUUGAUAAUUUUAGUGUGUAGCGUAUGAAAGCUAGAAUAAGAUCAAGCUCUAUACUUGACCAAAACUUCCUGACAUGACCUAACAAAUGCUCAUGUGUAUUUUGGCAGGUGGUCCUGGGAUAAAAAACCUGACGUGUCUCUGAUAACAAAUGCAUCUGUGCCUGUGCCACGUUGUCACUGAGUACAUUUGUUGAGUCUAAGCCCCAUUCAUUCAUUUUUAGAGCGGACAGCUGGGGAUAUCUGAUCAGAACCAUGUCUGGACUGAACGCAUCUCUCGGUUAUUUUCUUGCUGCUAUCAUUUUUGCAGCCUCUGUUAGAACCUUUCUUAGGAAGUGGCCACGGUUUAGCUUCAUUUUGGAGUUUGCCUCCUCUUUCAUGCUGGUGGCCUGCUGGUUAGAGGUGCAGACUAUUGUAGAAGUGGGUGAGUGGGCCGGGGGCUUGGGUCGUGAUGUGACUGUGACCAUGCUGUUUGUGGUUCUGCUGACCCAUGGCUUGGUCUGUGGUGGAGCGUCAGGGAAUCCAACGCUGGUUGUUCUGAACUUCUUGCAGCUAGAGGCCACCACUCUGCCCACUGUGCUUGCUAUUGCAGCCCAGUUUUUGGGGGCCCACCUGGCCAUUCUUGUUGCUGUGUACUACUGGAGUCUGGAGCUAACAGACAUGCACAUGAUCAAAAACCUGAUGGCUAGAGAGUGCAGCACAUCUCUGAUGGUGUCUGUGCUUCAAGGCUUUUUCACUGAGAGUGUUUGUGCUCUCAGCUUUAACCUGAUCUACCUAAAUGUGCAACACAGAUCUGUUCUGAUCAGGGCGCCCCUGAUUGCUGUGCUUCUCACCUUCUUGUCCUACACAGCCAAGGGCUACACUUCAUCUUAUAUUAAUCCAUCCCUGGCUUACGGCCUCACCUUCCACUGUUCUGGAUUCACCUCUUUGGAGUACGCAGUAGUCUACUGGCUGGGCCCCCUCACUGGCAUGACAAUGGCUGUGCUGUUGUACAUGGGCCACAUUCCAAGGAUCUUUGCCAGGAAUCUACUAUAUUUUCAGAAGACACGUUUCAGAGUGCCAAAGGGAGACAAAAAGAAACUGUAAUAGAAAUGUUUUUUUAAU